AUGAACUACACUCUGGAUGAUGCCCCUUCCCAAAACCACCAUGAAUAUACCUUUCCACUGGUGGCACGGACCGCCACCGUCACCCAGGUUCCCCCAGCCAAGACGAUAACCUUCUUCAAGAAAGGGGACCCCCGCUUUGGGGGAGUUCGGAUGGUUGUCAACCAGCGUGUGUUCAAGAGCUUCAGUGCACUCAUGGAUGAGCUCUCUCACCACAUUCCUCUAUCAUUUGGUGUCCGCACCAUCACCACGCCCCAGGGAGUGCACUGUGUUAGCUCCUUGGAGCAGCUGGAAGAUGGAGGCUGCUACGUUUGUUCUGAUAGGAACCCUUCCAGGGCCAUUGGUGGCUCAUACAGGCGGCCAACAGAAUCCUCAUCAAGGAGCUAUCCCACCCAGAGGGUCAGCAACUCAGAAAGCUGGCAGGAGACUCCUUCCUGGCAGGGCCCUAAAGCCCCAAAGAAGUUAACUCUGGUAAAGAAUGGAGAUAUUGGAUUUCGGCGCUCCUUGAUUCUGAGUCCAAACACCCAGAAUCUAAAGGCCUUCCUCAAUGAUGCAUCUGAGGUUUUGCGCUUUCCUGUAAAUCACCUCUACAAUCCUGAUGGGAGCAAGGUGGAGUCUCUACAGAGUCUGCUACAAGGCCCUUCUAUUGUGGUGUGUGCUGGACAAGAGCCCUUCAGACCUAUGGUGGUGGAAAACCCCAGGAGACGCUUGCCAGAGAAGUUGCCAGGACUGACUUCAAAGAAGAGGAAUGCCAACUGGGAGCUGAGAGCCAAGAAGAGUGUCAUCCAUUCAAGGUCUGAAUCAAGCAACAGGUCGAGGCAGCUUUCCCUGACAUCGGAGAAGUCCUACCUCAAUGGCUCUAGGGCCUCUAUAAGGAGUGGCAGUCCUGUCCCUACAACCAAUACCAAUGCUCCAGAGAAGUCUGCUGGUCUGAUCCCCUUUGGGGCCAAUGAUGACAUAGAGAAGAAGGUUCACAUGAACAAAGAUGGCAGCCUGUCAGUGGAGAUGAAAGUGCGAUUCCGACUACUCGGUGAGGAAAUGCUCCAAUGGUCCACCCAUGUUAGGAAAGAUGCCCAUCUCAGGGCAGCCAGUGGGGAUGACCUAGGACUCAGUGGCGUGGCCUUAUCCCAUCCUUCUAGGGAGAAUGAUGUACAGAGAUCUUCAGAGGUAGAUGCUCUCCUUUUUCCAGAUGAGACCGAUUCCCAAGGACUGGAGGAAGCCUGUUAUCAAGGGUGUCAGCAGCCACAACCCAAAUAUGAGAUCUGGAGAAAUCCUGUGUAUGUUUCCCAGGGACAUGAAGCAGCUCCUGGGAGAAGCUCCUGGAUAACCCAGUCCCCUUGCUCAGGGGCUUCAUUGUUCCGACAGGCCAUCCACCAAACAAAGACAUCUGGGAACAGUCUCUGCACCACUUCUGGUGGAGAAGCCUUGGAAUGCAGUGCACCAGGAUCUUCUUGUUGUUCUGGGACCCUGGAGGGUGGGAUACAGUUCAGUGACAAGCACCAGGCCUCAGGUCAAAGGAACUUAACUGAAGCUGCUUCAAGUGAUGAUGAAGGGAAGCAAGAAUAUGCCCUCAUUGGGAAAUCCAGUAAGUCCUAUGGUAGAGGGCCUGACCCACGUAGGAAGGGCUCCCAGACAACUCAAAGAAUCAAGACAGAUAGGAAGUGGCCACCAGAUGAGGAGGAGGAAAAUGAAGCAUGCUCACUGGACUGCCUGGAGGAUGAGGCUCAGGAUGCAGCAGAGGAUGUUUCUGCCUCUUCUGUAUGCUCUAGGUGUAGGGAGAAGAAAAUGCAAGUGGCCGAGGGCUGUGGCAGUCCUAGACAGGAGGGAGCUUUCUGCUCCUAUGUGAGAGAGGCUCAGAAAAAAGCCACCGUGGCCCAUGAUGCAUCAUCCCAUGGCACAGCUUAUGGCCCUAGCAGGCAAGUGACACCACAGAAGAGCAAUGCUCAAGAAGGCUCUGCUUCUUCCCUUGUUGGCCCAUCCUCCAUGAAGAAUAAAGUUCUGGAAGCUGAAGAGGAUGAACACAGCAGGGUGAUACAGGAUGCCAAUUCUGGGUCAACGUGGAAGAUGCCCAGGGCAAUGGACAAUGGUGAGUUCAGUGACCUUGAGUGGAGUUGUAUUCCGCACUCUUCUUGCCCAUCUGCAUGCAGUGGGAGCAAAGGAUGGGGAAGCCCGAGGAGUGAUGGGUCCCUACACAAUGUCUCUCACUCUUCCAGCAUUUACAAGGGAAGCAAAAGUAGUCAGCCACAACCGAAGGACAAUGGGGACAGAGGGACUAGCUACAUGUUGGAGGGCUCACCAGAGAGGUCCCUGCCAAGGAGCAUGCUCAGUUCCCCCCUCCUAGAAAAGCCUAGGGCAGAAAGUCAAACCCCUGUUUCUUCCAAAAGUUCAUCAGAAGCUAAGCAGCAAACUGCAAGGGACCCUGGGUCUUCCUCAUCUUCUGCUCAUUAUUUAGAAUGUUUAUCAAGGCUCAGUGAUGCCUCCAUUGCUCGGGACUCUGAUCCAGAUCAGAAGAAAUUAGAGAAUAUUUCUAAUUCCAGCCAUUCACAUCCUAACUUUUUGGAGGAGACUAGGGGAGCUACAAAAGUCAGUAUUAGCUCUCUGGAGCUAAGAUCUUCAAAUACAUCAGACUCUUCUGACUUCCGAGGUGUUGUUGAGUCUAGGGAUGAGAAGACCCUGGGGGACCAUCCUAGAGUUUCUUUGGAGUUGAAGAUUAAAAAACCUCAGAUGGAGGAACCAAAUCCCUGCAGAAGUAACUGUUCCCCCCCAUCCAGCAAAACCCAACCUUAUAGUGCUUGCAGUGAUAAACUGCAGCUCCUACCAGGCUCUUGGGCUGGAUCAGUAGCCAGCAGAUGCCUCCCCACUCCCCCCAGAGGAAUGCCUCACAUCAGAAAAAGCACCUCGGGCAGCAGCAGGUGGAGCACCAACUUGGGGAGAGGUGGGAGUUGGGAGGAGAAGGCCAAUCUUAAUUUGUCUGGCUCUUUCAUACCUGGUUCCAGAUCAGUGAUCACAAGUCAAACAGUCAAAAGAGCCAGGAAAGGUGGCCCCUCCCCAGGUCAUGGGAGGAAAAUGCCAAGGAAAGUCUCUGGAGAAGGGAAGCCUCAAGAUGAAAAGAAGAAUCUUGGAAAGCUGGAGGGCAGCACUGGUAUGAUACCCAGUGACCUGCCCAGUACAUCUCCAGAGGAAGUUAUUUAUGAAUGGCUGAGCAAAAUUCCAGAAGAAUCCAUCCUUAUGAGCUAUGAAAUGCAGGAUGACUGCCCUGGGGCUGCUGUGGGGGCUCCAGAAGAGGACCCUGGGGUCAAGUGUUCUCCUGAAGUUCCUAUAGAGGUGGCCCAGGCCCAAGAACAUGCCCCAGAUAGAGAAGAUUCUGGGGGAGCACCAUUGGAUGAAAACCCUAGGGUUGAUGGUGCCAGCCCAAAGACAGGAGGUAGUCUUACUAAAAAGCAAUCUUCUUUGGCAAUAGUAGCUGAGGGCAGUCCAGGUGAAUGUGCUGACUUAGGAGUGAAAACCAACCUGAGUAAGAUGGAGGACCUGCCUAGCACACUGUAUAGCUCAGUGCAGAUCAUGAAAACACUGCUCAGCUCUAGGCAAAGCCCUAAGCUAGGCCGGGUUAAUAGUUUGCCAGAAGUGUCACAAACCAUGGGAAGGAAGCUGAGCCACUCCGCCCAUGUGCUCAUCACCUGCCUGGCCAGCCUGCACUUCUUUGAUGAAGAACUCAUGACAGUCACAAACCAGCUGACCUACAUGAACUCACCCAAGUACCAAGAGCUUCUGAGCAUCUUCCAAGCCCUGUGGACUGAAGGUAGCCCCAACACAGAUGAGCCAAGCUCAAAGGCACUGCCAAGCCCCAAGUUGCAAACCACUGUGACUGAUGACUUUACCCCAACAUCUUCUUCUGGGGUGGAUGUCAGCAGUGGCUCUGGUGGUUCUGGAGAAGGGAGUGUGGCUGGUGUUAUGGACUGUGCUCCUUUCCCUGAGAAGAUAGAGGAUUCUAAGUUGAAGAGGCAGGACAGCCAUGACGAUAUGGAUCCCAUAAUUGCAACGAAAGUAGAGAACAAGAGAUCCUUCUCAGAUGAGCAGGUGAAAAUGGAAGCACAAUCAACUGAAAGAGAUGAAGAGGGAAGAAGGGCUCAUGAUGUAACCAGCAAGGAUGAAGCCAAUGAAAGUGUGAAAGAACAGAUGUUGGAAAAUAGCAUGAGGGUGGCUGAUGAAGAUGAAAUAAUAGAAGUAGGGACAGAAGAAGAGAAAAUGCUAGGAAAGGAAAUGCAAGAGGCAGAAACACAAGAUGAAGGAAUGGAAGUAGAAAAGAUUCCAGAAGAAGAAAAACAAGCAGAGGAGAUGAAAGAUGAGAAAGUGUUUGUGGAAAUAAUGCAGGAAGAGGAAGGAAUACAAGAAGAGGAAGCAUCCAAAGAAUGUGACUCUAUAGAUUCAAGUCCUCCAGUCAACACAGAGGAACCGACAGAGCAAGUUAGUAACCCCAUUAAAGAGGAUUCAAAUUCUGACAGUGUUCGUGAUGGCCAAGAACUUGAACCUCAUGUGAAAGAGGUAACUGAAGGCAUGGCUGUGGCUGGUGAGCAAUCUGUGAUCAAUCCCACUUCAGGGACUGGGGGAAAGAGGGCUUCUAUUAUCCAGAACACACCACCAGAUCCUGAUCCACUCUGGGUUCUGAGGUUGUUGAAGAAGAUAGAGAAGGAGUUCAUGACUCAUUACGUCAAUGCUAUGUCUGAGUUCAAGGUCAGGUGGAACUUACAGAAUAAUGAAAUGUUGGACCAGAUGAUUAUAGAAUUAAAGAAUGAGGUGAACCAGCGAAUACAAAAGAGCAUUGAAAAAGAACUUAGGAAAAUCCAAAGUAGGGCAGGGAAGAAACUUCCAAAGCCCCCUAAGGAAGCUUUUAAGUGGGAGACUUCACUGCAGACAGAACAGAGGAGGAGACGCCUGAAGGGCAUGCACAACCACUCAGCCUUCACAGAGCAAAAUAAAAUGCCAGGGAAGCGGAAUCUCUCCCUGGCCUUCAUUGAGGCCAUGGCCUCCAGUGGAACCCUGGCUGACGAUCUACGGGAGCUAGAAGGUGAGGAAGAGUACUGCCCUUGUGACACUUGCAUAAGAAAGAAGAUGACUACAUUGUCCCUGAAGAGCCCAGCACCAGCCACAGAUGCUCCCCUCAGAAAGGCUUUUGACCUACAACAAAUUCUCCUUAAGAAGAAGGAAGAAAAGCUGAAUGAGAGAGCAGCUGAGCUAGUUACAGAGGAACCAGAGAGCAAAGCGCUUCAGAGAGAACACACAGGUAAUGAGGAUGUUGAUGAAGCCAAACCAGGGAUGGCAUCUAGCAGCUGUGUGGAUGGAGCUGAUGCAGGAGAGGAAAACCACAGGUCCAUCAAAGAUGGAGAGCCAGAACUGAGUGAAGGGGAAGAGCAGAAGACUAAUCAUGGGGAAACAAUGAUUAGAGGAGAGGAAGAAGCAGAGCUUGAGAAAAGUGAAGAGGGAGAUAAAGAAGGAAAAGCUGAAAGUGACUCAGGAGAAGAGGAAGAUGAGAAACGAGAUGAGGGACAGAGUGUGGGUGAUGGAAGUGAGAAAGAAACUGGGCCUGCAUCUGAAUAUGGGGCAAACUCAGAGGGAGAAGCAACAGGGGAUGUGGAUAGAUGCUCAGAAGCAUCAGAUGGUGCUGAAGAACUUCAGGCCACUGAGCCAUUCAGCCCAGAGGCUGAGGUAGAGAAGCAAACAGAGUCACAGACAGGAGUAGAAAGCCAAGAGGGCCAAGAAGGCAACUGUCAGGAAAGCCCAGGAGAAACCCAGAGUGGUGAAAGGUCUGAAGAGAAUGAUCCUGACCAAGAGAUAGGUGAUGGAAGUUUGAGGACCGACCGUCUUCCUGAGGCCCUCACAAGCUCACAACCAAACAAAGAAGCCUUCUCCAGCAACUCAUCCCCUGAAAACUGCUCUCAGGCAUCACAGAGAGGUUCAGGAAAAGAGGGCUCAAAUGGAGACUGUCAAGAAUCAGAAAGCCCAGAGACUGAGCCUAGAAGAGAGACUAAUUCAGAGAACAAGGCUUUUACCAUGUAUCCUGAAAAUUCACUUUCUGAACAAGAUGGAAUGUCAUCUUGCUCUAGUACCUCAGAAAAGGAGUCUACUGGGAGCCCUGAUCUGGAACACAAGUGCAGACUGGCUAAGAACUCUAAGUUUACAGAAGUUAUUGAUAAGGCAGAUGUAUUUGAUGACGACUGCUUGGAUUUCUAGAAGAGGAAGCUGCUAGACUGCUCACAGGUUCAGUGGCUUUGCCUAUGAACCUUAGUGAGAUUAAUUUCCUUUGGUAAAGAAAACUGACACAGGGAAGCACAAAAAAUUGCCUCUUGGGCAGGUAAUAAAUCCAAGAAAUUAUAUUUCCUCUCAUUUCUAAAUUCUAUACCCUGUCAUCCCAUUUAUUGGUUUUGAAGAAGGAGCUUCUUUCAUGUAGAACCUUCCAAAAUGGACAUAUCCCAGCUGUGUAGUUCACUUGAACAGAAAGGAUGUACACAAUUGUAGAGCUCUCUCCUUUCUAAGUGUUGGGGCACCCAAGAGCCAGUAAGCUAACUAGAAAAAAAUUUUGUCCCCACCCUCUUCACACCUCACUCUUUUUGAUCUUUUGACUACUGGUCUGUAUUUUUAGCUUGUGCUCACCAUUAGACUUUGAGAUGACUUUCAUUCAAAUACAUGUAGGGACUUUGAAAAUGUGGAUUUCCUUUGAAAAAUUUGGUUAAAAAGAAGUUUAAAGUCAAUUCAUAGUCUAAGAGUCGAAUGUGAUUUAAAAAAUGAUUUUUCUGAAUAUCUUUGCUGCUAUCUCAGGUAAAGUGUGGGCUCCCUCAGAAUCAGUUGGCAGCAGGGCCUUGCCCUUGGCGCCUUAAUGGAGGUGGGAU